AUGGCUCUCAGAUUACUUCAGCUCUCAGCAAUGGCGCUUCUCGCCAGCCGUGCCGUUUCUCGGUCUCAACCCCAUAUCCAACAGAUCGUGAUCCCCGCUCACCGUAACGAAAAUGCCACUUCAGUUGUCCAGUAUACUUCUGGCCGCGAAGGCUUCGACGCACCCAAGGUUCACCCCGUGAACGCGACCACAUAUGACUGGUGGUAUUUUGACGCUGUCCAACAGCCGGUUCAGGGAGACGACGGCUCGCAGGCUCAGGCGCAUGUCGCUUUCACCUUUUAUACUCUCGGCUCGGAUUCAUUUGAAGUUUUGACCGGACAGUUUCCCAAUGGUCUUCCGAGCGGCAAUAUGGUCCAGAUAACCCUCGCUUGGCCGAACGGCACCAUUGACCUUCCAAUCGACCUGCCGGCUGGAGACGCGAUCAUCUUUGUCGAGGGAGAUGGAUCCAGCGGUAAUUUUACCGGGACUGGGUGCUCCUGGAAGGGCACUCAGGAUUUGUCGGCUUAUGUGGUGCACAUCAAUGUGCCGGAGCAUGAGAUUAAUGGUACCUUGUACAUAAGAUCAGACGCACCGCCGCACUAUGCUUGCGGUCCAGCUGAGGAGGGUCAAAACCUGCACUUGGCCCCUGGCGCAGGCUGGGCAAACGCGAUUCCAGGUGGACCUGCUUUUGCCGAUUUCACGAUCCGGGGCGAAAAGCUCAGGUUCAAUGGUCGAGGCUACCACGACAAGGCAAGUAACUUCGGCAGCGAACCGUUUCAAAACGCCCUCGCCGUGUCCCACUGGGGUCAUGGCACACUGGGAGAAUACAACAUCGUCUGGUAUGACUCGUUGACUCCGAACGGCGAUGAGGUGGUUUCGGCGUACGUCUCCAAGAAUGGCGACAUCUUGACAACAAGCUGCGAGCCUGGUGCUAUUGAAGUGAGACCAUACGGAGAUAACUCAACAUAUCCGCCGACUUCGUCACUCGAGCCAGCGACAGGUUUUAGGAUCAAUGCCACACUUCCCGAAGGACAACUGGAGUUGGAGGCACAAUAUAUAUAUAUUGUCUUGAUGGACGGUCGGUACUACCAACGAUUCACCGGGAACAUCACCGGGACGCUGAAUGGAAAUGACCUUCCUGACGGAACGGGGCUCUGGGAGCAGUUCUUCUUCAACAACAUCGAGUAA